AUGAGCGGUUGUUGUACUCCGCCCUAUACUGGACCUGCGACACCUAGUCCCGAACCUCCACAUAGCGCUAGUCCAGGCGUUCAGCUUGCGACUCCGAUCAUGCUUACGCAAACGGAGGUUGACCCAAACCCGACGGUCAAGCGUUUCCAACAAGACCUCUUGAUCCUCACCGGCUUCAAUGACAAUUCGAUCCUUCACUGGCGACCGGUAUGGUUCUCUCAAAACUCUUCAACCAGCGGGAUGUGGACUUUGCACAACCCGCCCAAUAUAGUCACCGAACGAUUGCCCAACAACUGUAAGGAGGCACAGCUGUUCACGCGGCGAAUGCGUCAAAUACGCGAUCCACCACCGCAGUAUAUCAAGAGUUGGGACCACUGGAAGAGAUACUGUGACUUGUGUGGUGCACCUCACAAUUUCCUGUGUGAGAAACAUGUCUGGCUGAUGCGCAUGGGGUUACCGAGAUCUCCUGACGGAUUUCUUUGCACGCCUCCACAAUACCCCCUCUACCCGGAGCCCUCAUGUCCAGGCCGCUAUGUAAUUGCUCCAUCUAUCUACAGCACGCAUCUGCACCGGAAGUUCCAACGUAUCGUUUCAGCUUCGCCGUACGUCGACCAGGAUCAUGUUGAGUGCGUUGUUGUGGAAGCGACUGGCGAGCUCACCAUCGAAUCGCAUGAGGACCGCUCCUCGUAUCACAAUCCGGGCAAAGGGCACAGGUGGAGCUACUUACCUUGGACAACAGAGAUGGAGAAGAGCUGCAGGCCAUUGACUAUAAAACUAAGGCUUUGGAACGUAGGGAAGGGAGGGAAGACGAAAUGA